AUGGAGCCUGGCUGUCCAAAUCUAAUCCCAGUGCAUGGUAUCGAAAUAGCACGUUCUGUUCCUUUGUUCAUUGGAAGUGCAGCUACUUCCGCCACUGCGAUAGCUCCCGUCGCAUUCAACUCGAAAAAGCGAAGUGCUCGCGUAUUUCCUACAUCCAGAGCUAGUCGGCGUUUAACGCCCAUUGCUCCGAAGCCUAAUGAUACUCCCGAUGUGGAAAAUCAACCUGAUUCCGUUGUUCUCA